CAGAGAGCGCUCAGGGAUUGGGCAGUGUCGAGGGAGGUGGGUGGUAAUUGGGCGGUGCCCAGGAGGCGCCCGGGUGAGGCGCGGUGCGCGAGCGGGAGUUCCGUCAGCAGGCCGGUGCUGAGAGCCCGCACCUUCACCAUGGUCUCGGCUGAGCUGGACUACACCAUCGACAUCCCGGAUCAGCCCUGCCGGAGUCAGGAGUAUAGCCCUAGCCAAGAUGGGAAGGAGGCGGGGACUCGACAGCCUUUGGUGAUUCUUUUGGGCUGGGGUGGCUGCACCGACAAGAACCUUGCCAAGUACAGCGCCAUCUACCACAAAAGAGGCUGCAUCGUGAUCCGAUACACAGCCCCAUGGCACAUGGUCUUCUUCUCCGAGUCCCUGGGCAUCCCUUCACUUCGUGUUUUGGCCCAGAAGCUACUUGAGCUACUCUUUGAUUACGAGAUUGAGAAGGAGCCCCUGCUCUUCCAUGUCUUCAGCAACGCCGGUGUCAUGCUGUACCGCUACGUGCUGGAGCUCCUGCAGACCCAUCGGCGCUUCUGCCACCUGCGUGUGGUGGGCACCAUCUUUGACAGCAGUCCUGGUGAUAGAAACCUGGUGGGUACUCUACGGGCCCUGGCAGUCAUCCUGGAGCACCGGCCUAUGGUGCUGCGCCUGCUGCUCCUUGUGGCCUUCGCCCUGGUGGUAAUCCUGUUCCAUGUCCUGCUUGCUCCACUCACUGCCCUCUUCCACAGCCACUUCUAUGACAGGCUGCUCGAUGCAGCCUCUCGCUGGCCUGAGCUCUAUCUCUACUCAAGGGCUGAUGAGGUGAUCCUAGCCAGGGAUGUGGAACGCAUGGUGGAGGCACGCCUGGCACGCCGGGUCCUCGUGCGCUCUGUGGAUUUUGUGUCAUCUGCACAUGUCAGCCACUUCCGUGACUACCCUACUUACUACACGAGCCUCUGUGUCAACUUCAUGCACAGCUGCGUCCACUGCUAGGGUCCUUGCUCCACCCACCUCACCUAGGCUUCAGAAAUAAACGCCUGACACCUCCCUAUAACCUACAUCCAUGGGUGGGGUCUUCUUCUGGUUCAAUUUCCUAUGGCCCUUUGGGACUUUGUGGUUCCCCAAGUAGAGAAUUCCCUUGAGCUUCUGUGGUGGUCUGCUUAUCCCAGGAUCCUGGGGAGUGGGAGUGCCUGGGCACAUCUCUGCAGGAGCCUUGCAGUGCUUGUGUUUGGAUAAGUGCAGCAGUUAGGCUGCUGAUUCCUGUGGCAUUUAGGCUGUUACGAGUUAAGCAAGUGGGAGUGGGGUGGAUCAUUGGUUGAUCUCCAGUUCCUUGACUGGAAGGUAAACUUUGUGGGGAGGUGCCAGAGGGUAGGAUCAAGCUAGGGCAGGGGCUGUGAUCUCUCCUACGGCCUCAGAAGGGCAAAGCCCCACAGCAUGAAGCACCAUCCUCAUGGAUCCCACUUGGCCAUUCAGGAAGAGAGACUUCUCUGACCUCAUUGCCAGGGAGUCUGAGGUAGAAGCCAGAUGGGGAGCUGAGGAUACAGAGGUGAUUGACCUGCCUGGGUCCAUCACACUUUGUCAGGAAGCCACUGGAUCCAGGAAAAGUUGUAAGGUGUGUGUAAUGGACAGAUAGAGUAGGGAGCAUUACACACACACCUUACAGCAGCGCCAUAUGGGCACUGGGAGAAGCGAAGUCAGGAGCCCUGAAGACCAGCACCAGGGCCAAGGGGCUGUUUGGCUGAAACAACGAAGUCCCUCAUCUCCUUGAGGGAGACCCACUUGGCUCCUCUCUAGGCAGGAGUGGUGGCUUUAGCCUUAGAGUUCUAUAUUAUCUAUCAUUCUGUGUCACUGCUGCACCCUGCUGGCACAUAGUAGGUAUUUAAUAAAUAAUUGUUGAUUGAAUGAG